AUGCUCGUCGCGGGUGGUGCCAUCAUUGUCGGUGGCCCGGCUUUGACAAGAUGGGUGCAACCCACCGACGAGGAACUCUUCCAAAAAUACAAUCCCGAACUCCAGAAGCGGAGUCUGGAGAGGAGAUUUGAGCGGCAGCAGGAGUUUGACGACUUUGUUAAUAGACUCAAGAGAGACUCAAAAUCUGACAAGCCAAUAUGGACUGUCCAAGCCGAGGCAGAAAAGGAGCGCGUCAGGCAAGCCUCCAUUGCCGAGUCGCUGAAGGCGGCAGAGGAGUUGAAGGCCAGGAAAGAAGCCAUGAGGAGGGAGGUUGGGUUACCAGCAGAAUCUGCAUCCUCUGAGACCACCCGGUGA